UCCUGUUGUUCAACAUCAAAGUCCUGCUAUUCAACAGCAGAGUCCCGUUAUUCGACAACGGAGUCCCGUUAUUCGACAACAGAGUCCCGUUAUUCAACAACAGAGUCCUGUUAUUCGACAACAGAGUCCUGUUAUUCAACAACAGAGUCCUGUUAUUCGACAACCGAGUCCUGUUAUUCGACAACCGAGUCCUGUUAUUCGACAACCGAGUCCUGUUAUUCGACAACCGAGUUCUGAUAUUCAACAGCAGAGUCCUGGUGUUCAAAAACAGAGUUCAGCUACUCAACAUCAGAACUUUGAUCUUGAUAUUCAAGAAGAUUCAGGUACUCACCUUAACGAAGGAAAAAACAUCAUUGACUACGCAGCUCCACAUCAACCAGUUCAAAAACCACUUCAAACUAUACCACCAAUUGUAUAUAUGAACAAUCCUAAUCCACAACAAAUCCAGGUUAAUAAUUCAAUUAUAAAUUCUGUUAAUGGAUAUACAAUGCAACCAAUAAUUUCUCAAACUUCGGCUGGCAACGUAGUUUAUCUUAAUAAUAACA